AGUUUUUCUGUAGCUGCCCUUCAACUUCCUUAUUCAGCCCUCUGUGCGUUUCCUCUUUCAGUAACUGAUAUUAUUCCCCUUCAGCACUUUGCUCUGGGUGAUUCUUCGCUUUCGAGCUGUAAAACUGAGCUACUUGUCUGCUCUUAUUAUAGUGAUGUUGAAGUCGGUGUCGCUGAACUUAGUUGUGUUUGGUUUUAGAGGUCUGGAAGGGGCUUUCUGAUCCGUGGAAGGAGAAGACGACGGGUGAGAGCAACAGCUCCAAUGCCGGCCUUCAGGUUUUCUUUAUGAGGGAGAAGGAAGCAUCAGAGUGAAACGGUGACAGUCAUGUGCGUCUUUCUGCAGUAGUCUACGUGCUCUGCGUCCGCUUCUGUGUGAACAAUGUCAGGCGACGUCAACACCUUGACCUGGAGGAGCAUGUCUCCCACCAGCCCGACAAAUUCCUCGGAUAUGUCUCCCACCAUGCACCUGGGCAGGGAAAGCGUCUUCCCGGUGAAGAUUAUCAAAGUCUGUUUCCUCAGCAACAGCUCCAACCUGGGGAAGAACUUCAAGCUGGUCCGCUGUGAGGAGGGCUGGACGAUCAAGAACGUCAUCCAUACGGUGCUGUCCAGCGGCUGUGUGGGUCCAGACAUAAAGCACAGCCUCUGUUACGGCCUUCUUCUCAAACACCUCAAGUCUUCAGAGAUGCACUGGCUGCAUCCCGAUCUGACUGUGACUGAGCUUACACAUCGCUAUGAACAGCAGCACAUCGAGGCCGAGUGGAGAUAUGACCUGAGGAUCAGAUACAUCCCGACAAACUUCAUGGAGACCUUUAUGGAUGACAGGACAACCAUGCUCUACUUUUACCAACAGGUACGAAGUGAUUACAUGCAAAAUUAUGCCUCCAAAGUCAGCGAUGGGAUGGCCUUGCAGCUUGGUUGUUUGGAGAUCAGGAGGUUCUACAAGGACAUGAAUCCAAAUGGACUGGAGAAAAAGUCCAACUUUGAACUGCUGGAGAAAGAAGUAGGACUGGACCUGUUCUUUCCCAGAGAGCUCAUAGAGAGCAUGAAGCCCAAGCAGUUGCGUCGGCUGAUCCAGCAGACCUUUCAGAGCUACUCGACGUUUCAGCAGGACCAGUGCAUGGCCAAGUUCUUCACCACUUUGUCUCAGUGCUACAGCAUCACUGAGGAAAGCUACGGCUGCCAGCUGGUGCACGGCUGGAAUCUAGCUAUAGACUUGGUCAUAGGAAACGGUGGGAUCAGUCAACAAAUGGAUAACUCAAAACCCGUCUGUCUGGCCAAGUUCUCUGACGUUCGCAGCAUCUCCUGCACCACUGAGCCUGACGGUCGCGCUCUCCUCACCGUGCACAUAGAGGGAUCCAAACAGCCGCUUGCAGUGAACAUUUCCUCCCUGGCCGUAGCAGAGAACAUGGCCGACCUGAUCGAUGGCUACUGCCGACUGGAAGGAAAAGCCGAGAAAUCGCUCAUGAUCAGACCUAACAAAGGAAGAGACACAAGGUUAAAGCUUCCUGACAUACCUCAAAGGGCUGGUCCCACUGGUCCAGACAGCGGUCUGAGUUCAGAUAUUUAUGCAGAGAUCCCAGAACAGACCACAAAGUAUGAUGAGAAACAUCGGAUCUCCAGAGACGACAUCGUUGUAGGUCGGAUCCUCGGCGAGGGAUUUUUUGGUGAAGUACAAGAGGGAGUUUACAAAUGUCCAAGCGGAAAGAGAACUCGUGUGGCAAUCAAAACGUGCAAAGACUGCUCUGCGGAUGUGAAGGAGAAGUUUCUCAGUGAAGCUGAUCUCAUGAAAAACCUGGACCACCCUCACAUUGUGCGUCUCAUCGGAGUCAUUGAGGUCGAUCCAGUCUGGAUCGUCAUGGAGCUCUACGAACAUGGAGAGCUGGGAAACUACCUUUUGGAGCAGCAGUACAUCCUCACCACAGCAAAGUUAACACAGUACUGUCUACAAAUCUGCAAAGCCUUGGCUUACCUAGAGGGACUCAACAUGGUACACAGAGAUAUCGCCGUUAGAAACAUCCUGGUUGCAUCAGCUGAAUGCGUUAAGCUCGGAGAUUUUGGACUGUCUCGCUACGUUGAUGAUCAAGAAUAUUAUAAAGCCUCUGUCAGUCGAUUACCGAUCAAAUGGAUGGCUCCCGAAUCCAUCAAUUUUAGACGCUUCACCUCGGCCAGCGACGUCUGGAUGUUUGGUGUGUGUGUUUGGGAGAUAUUCUCGAUGGCCCAGCAGCCGUUUUACUGGCUGGAGAACGGGCAGGUGAUCAACCAGCUGGAGUCCGGAGUCAGGCUCCACAAACCCCAGCAGUGCCCUCCUCCCAUCUACGGCCUGCUCACCCGCUGUUGGGCCUAUGAGCCACACAGCCGCCCCACCUUCAGGGACCUCGUCCUCUCCUUCAGUGAGAUCCACAAGAUGGAGUUGGAGCAGGAAACGAAUGUAAGAGUGAGGUCCCAGUCUUUCUCCUCCACGCGCACAGAGCCUCCGCCAAAGCCAUCCAGAGCUCAAGGCAACACCCUCGCACGCAUAAAGGUUCCAGAGAAAGACAGCAGGAUGUUGUGGGAGAAAGAGAGAGUGGAGGACACUUUACAGAGACAGAGGCAAGAGAUGAUGAUGGACAGACAGUGGCUGGAGCAGGAAGAGAGACAACUGGAUCCUGUGGUGAGACAAGAUUCACUAACCAAGCCUCCUGAAAAAAGCCCAGUAAAUGGUCCCCCCAAGAAACCCUCAAUGCCUCCCACCGCCUCACAGUCGCAGACUCGGCCCACAGCCGAGCUGGACCGGUCUGGAGACGAGGUCUACAACGGCGUCAUGGCGAUGGUGAAGCAGGUGGUGCAGCUGAAGAACGAAGUCAACACUCUGCCCGCCUCGGAGUAUCCCACCGCUGUCAAGGCUGUAGGAAUCACUCUCCGCAGUCUGAUUCAAAGUGUUGAUGAGAUUCUGCCGUCUCUGCACAGCUCAGUCACCACAGAGAUCGAAGGCACCAAGAAACUCCUGAACAAGGAUCUGGGCGAGCUCAUCAACAAGAUGCGGCUCGCCCAGCAGAACUCUGUAACCUCACUGAAGGAGGAGUGUCAGAAACAGAUGUUGGCCGCCGCCCACACGCUAGCGCUGGACUCCAAAAACUUGCUGGACGCCGUGGACCAGGCUCGGGUCAGGGCCAACCUGGCCAAGCCCAAACCCAGCACCCAAGAUGCAGAAGGAGGCGAGCCGGACGAAUGAAGGAAAAUACAUUCCCUGCUUUGUGAAUAAAGAUUUAUGUUUGAAGUUAAACUGAAAUAAUUAUCAGGAUAUGUGAAACUUUAAAAGCAGUGAUUUUGUACUGCUUAUUCUUUAUUUUCACUGUUAGAACACAGUGAUAAUAAGCACUUCCUGUUCCUGACCCCAUGGCAAAAUAUUUGUGUAAUAUUGAUGCAUCGCAACAAGUGUUUUUCUGCAGGCAGAGUUCUGAGUUUGAGCAUUUUGUAAAUGCUUGAAUUAAAAUUAUAUGCACAUACUGUCUCCUUUUAUCAGUCCCACUUAUUUUACUUCAAAAAGCAUUUUGUAAGCACAAAUUUGUAGGGCCGAAAAAAUUAAUGGGAUUUAUUGUGAAAUAAUCGUCAACUAAAUUAGUACUUGAUUAAUUGCUGAACUGAGGAUACAGGCUAAAAAAAGGCAAACUGCUAAAAGUACAACAUAUUGCGAGCUGUAGUUAACCCAAAAUGAGAAAUAUUUUUUUUAGCUUUAGCUGCAUCUUUUGCUACAAAAAAGUGCUAUGUUUUUACAUUUUAGGUUGGGUAAGUUUUAGGUAAGCUUGUCCUACUAUCAAAAAUAAUUAAUUUCUAUUUCAUAAUAA